GUGACUCGGUGGAUACAAUUCCAGAGCCUAACGAAUUCCUUUUUCCAGAAUAUGAAAUUUUGAUAGAACCUGAGGAACCAGAAUUUCCUGCCUACAGCAGUGUAGAUCCUGAUGACAAACAAGGAGCUGUAGAUACAUCAAAGGACCCAAAAGAACAAGAGGAACUCAGAGCUACAGGUGAAACCUUUCAGUCCUUAGAUGAAGAGACUUUGGAAGCAAUGGCAAAACACGAGACUGAAGAAGACAAAAUCUUCCAAAUGUUUAAAGAACGAGUAGCCGCUGAACCAGAGCAGAUUAUUAGAUACUGCAGAGGAGGAGACGGCCCAGUCUGGGUAUCAGGUGAAAAUAUUCCUGAAGAAAAAGAUAUCCCAAAUUGUUCAUGUGGUGCCAAAAGGAUUUUUGAAUUCCAGAUUAUGCCACAGCUCCUGAACCACCUUCAGGUUGACAGCCUUGGAGAGAGCAUUGACUGGGGAACGCUGGUGGUGUACACUUGUGCUGACAACUGUGGUGAGGGAAACGAGUACCUGGAAGAGUUCAUAUGGAAACAAGACUUCUCUGCAGGCUCCGUUUAA